AUGACCUCAGUUACUGUCCAUGGAAUCUGUGCCACUGAUGUCAAGGUCAACACCAAGGAAGAUAUUGCCACUGAUGUCACCCUCACUAGGGACCUGUCAGGAUGUGAUACUUUCAAAACCCAAAGAAGCCUUACUAGCCCUCUUGCCAUCAUCACUGGUUUGCAAUACCCUCUGUCCAAGCUGAUUGGCAGUACCCAGACUUGCAACUAUAAGUUUGACAACCAGAAGAAGCACAUGACCUCUGCCACGUGCACAGAGAAGCACAUAUUCCUUCCUUUCUCUUACCAGAAUACGUAUGGUAUUUCUUCUCUUGUUUAUAAUGUAUUAUAA